AGUUGCUACACCAAGAGCAGACAGAGUCAUAUCAGUGGAGAUUUUCUUUCCUGGGACACGGUUGCGCUGAACUAUUUGAAACAAAAAUGAAUAGAAAGACUGUGCCUGUCUCCUUAUCAACCUUAAGACGAAGGACACGUGUAGACGUUCAAAAAAGGCAUAAUCAAAUAUGGACAGACUUGACUGACAUGGACAGGACAGGAACAGGGGCAGAUGACAGAGUUCUUUCUGAGGACACUGCCCCACCCUCUUCAGCUGCACAUGCAAUGCCAGAGGUGCAAGUUGUUACUGAAGAUGACAUGGAAUUGGAGGCAGAUUUUGAUGAUGUGUACAUUACUCUGGAUGAAAAUUUGCUGCAAGCGAGGACAUUGCUGUUGUGCCAGUUGACUGGUAUGAUGACGGGAUGGUGUACUGGCCCAGCUUUAAGAGCACUGAACAUGUGAAACGGGCAGCUGCUAACGAGGAGAAGCAUGAGCCAAACUGGCCAAGAUAUGACGUAAAGGUCAUCAGAACUUGUGACAACUACAAAGACGCCAUCAGGCUAAUGAAUCAAUAUCAGACCGGCUGCAACGCCUCUGAGCUACAGUCUGAGGGUGAGCUGCCAGAGAAACGAGUCAGGAAGCCAAUCCAUCGUUUUGGGGAUUCUGAUGAGAGUGAAGAAGAGCCAGAAAAUUGUUACUUAGCUUCUCUGAGGUCGCCACGACCUUCCAACUCGGCUUGUGUAUCAGUUGGAGCCUCAAGCCCAAACCAAUUACACUGGCAGACUCCACCAUCUCGCCGAGUGCCAGGCAGCAGAGUCACUACUCAACCUGGAGGAAACUGUCUAGGAACGGCAGUCCCUCCUCAACUCCCUCCACCUCCCGCACCGGCCCUCAACAUGAGGCGAACAGAGGAGCCCUCUUCAAGCCUGGCCUACAGACCAACAUGGCGAGGGGGAAGAACGACUGAUACCAUUCCCUGCUCUGCGGCUGAGUUCCAAAUCCUUAGCCUGCUGGAGAACCUUAGACAGCAACAAGACCAGCUUGUGGUAAAGGUGAACUACCUCAGCAGCAGGCUGAACAGCACCCCGGGGCCAGAUGUUGAGAUGCCGGACAAUAUCCAGUUUCCCCUGGAACAAUUGGAGGCAGUGGAGGCAUUUGAAAUGUUUUUAAAGGAACCGUCAAAUGGCCCAGCUCGACAGAGAGUGAUUUCUUCUUUGGCCACAAUUGGAGGUCAGGAUGUGAAGAAGGUGACCUGGAACAUCCUGGCCAGGCUCUUCACAGAGGAGGUAUCUCAUCAGAUAAACUGGAAGGGUGUUAAUAACAAAAAGUCCUUCAGUAGGAUGGCAACGAAGAUCUUGCUUUUCAGUGCUGUGAGGAAAAACACAGUGACACGGUCAGCCACGGAAGCAGAGGUCACCAAGCACGCAAUCAGGUGGUUCAACCUGGCAGCGGAUCGGGCAACGAGGAGACGUGUCCCGCCUCAAGCCACACAAACGGAGUAAUAG